GAGAUGUCUCGGCAGCAUUACGCACGACGACACGAUACACGCUAGAGCCUCCGUUAGAAGGACGGGACACUUUCAAUGCGUAACCGGACUAAGUCUUAACUUUUGUCUCGGAAAGCCCUUUAUUUCCAGGGCCUCAUCACGUCUUUCUGAUAUUUUCCUGCCGGCAGGUGAAACUCGGAUCCCCCUUUAACAACUGCAGCAGUAUUGGGUCUGGAUGACUUUCCUCCUCGUGUCCUCGAGUCACUGUGACUGUUGUGGAUUGGAAACGAUGUAAACAGUUUGGGGAGGAAACAAACUCCGCAGAGCAACAGUUCUUUCUAGUGAUCCCAAAAAGAGAGGAUGAUCCCACCGGCCAACAUGAUUCAGGACGAAAGUGGGGGCAACGAGGAAGAUCAUGACCAGAUUGAGAAACCAAAAGCCCCGACAACGGACUCCAGCCAGCAGGAAACCAAGAAUACUGUGAGGCCUGAACAUCAGAAGCGCAAGCUGCAGAGACUAAAACGCUCCUUGUCCUUCAAGACCAAGACCAUGCGCAGCAAGAGCGCGGACAACUUCUUCCGAAACAGCAACGACAACAAGACGGAGCUGCUCUCAGACGUGAGCAGCAGCACGGGACAUCUCUGCAACAUGGCCCCGCCGCACACCACCCACCUGCCCAUCCCACCCGUCCCUCCAGCCAUCCCCUCCGCUCCCCCCCCCAACUCACGGUCCCAGAUACGCAACCCGCUGCAGGUAGACUCGGCAGGACACUGCUUCAUGGAGCACAUCUUCAAGAAGCCCACGUUCUGUGACGUCUGCAACCACAUGAUCGUAGGUACAACAGCCAAGCAUGUGGUGUUCCUGGCGGGAAACACAGCAAAGCACGGCCUCCGCUGCAAAGCCUGCAAGAUGAGCCUCCACCACAAGUGUGAAAACGGAGUGGGACAGCAGCGCUGCAUGGGCAAACUGCCAAAAGGCUUUCGGCGGUACUACAGCUCUCCAUUACUGAUCCAGGAACAGUAUGGCUGCAUCAAAGAAGUCAUGCCCAUCGCCUGUGGAAACAAAGUGGACCCUGUGUACGAGGCCUUGAGGUUUGGCACAUCGCUGGCACAAAAAGCCAAGAGGCCCAGUGGCUCUGAGUCUCCUCAAAGAAACUCGUUCAGUUAA